AUGGCCGGCUUCAACUUUGAUAACCUACGGCUCCAGACCCUCGGAGGACUGGCAGCAGGGAUAGGCAACGGCUAUCAACAGGAGCCCGCAUUGACCUUCGGCCUGGAACUCGAGCUGGACUUCGCCAUCAGCCGUCCCCGCUACAGGAGAUGGCUAGCGACGAAGCCCGCCAUUGCGACGCCACCAGCAAGCCCUGACAUCGAGCCGUACAACCUCAAUGCUCUACGGCGACGACUGGGCCAACCGGCUUAUGUCAAGCCCCCGACGAAAAGCAAAAGCGCAGGAGGGGAUGGAGAGGCGGCAGGCACGGCGGAGGAUAAUAAUCGUAAUAAUAAUAGGCAAGGGCCGCCCGAUCCCUCACCGACGUUCACGGACAGCAGCGGCCUGACGAUGUCCACGCGGGACUCGCAGGUCUCGUACAGCCUGCGCGGCCAGCUGCUGCACUACUUCCUCGACUUCCUCAACCACCGGCUGCCAGAGUCGAGGCAGACCGCGCCCUCGCUGCUCGGCGAGGUCAUCUGGGGCGACAAGCCCAAGACGGCGAGUUCCGACUCGUGGCACCUGACCUGGGACGAGAGCGUCGUGCCGUCACGGCAAGAGCUGGCUCAGCUGCUGGGCGUGACGUUCGAUGAGGUGCGCGGACUCUAUCGCUGCGUCGGAGCGGAGCUCGUGUCCAGGGUGAUGGGCUUCGAUGAUGAGCGCGACUGGUUCCCCCAGCUCGUGCAGUUGCAGAACGACCUGAGUUGGGAUGAGCCCGAGGGUGGCGCUUUCUUCGCGAGCGGGGAAGAGCACACGCAGGUGCAUUUCGCGUUGUGUAACGAGGACAUCUCGCUCGAGCUGGCGCAGACUCUGUGUGUCCUUUACGGCAUAUUCGAGAGCCAGAUUGAGAAGUGGCUGGCAGCCGCGAACAGGGAUAGUAAGUGGUGCUGGCGGAUGAGGCUGGGUAUGGAACGUCUCCGGGUUCAGCUGGAUGAUACUGGAACCCAGCUUGUGACCCUGCCGCUGAAGAGAUAUACGCACGGAGAAUUUGCCGAUCUGAUCUACGCGACGAGAAGCUUCGAAGAGCUGCGAACGGCGACGACCGGCUGGACUGCUGGUGAGAAGUAUUCGCCGGAUGGCCAGCCCACGGAUAACGUCCUCGCGAGAAACUGGACCACAGUCAACAUCUCGAUGAGGCGAGAGAAUAAGCCCACCACGUUUGAGUUCCGGCAUCACCAUGGCACUUUCGACCCAAUAGUGAUCGGGUGGUGGGUGAAGUUCUGCGGUUACAUGGUGAGGUAUGCAUACCUGGUUGUCGAAGUCGGGUUGAAGCUGCAAGAUCACGCCCAACGAACCAUGGAACAAGAACCCUUCCUGGACCGUUUAGCCAAGGAGAAUGUAUUGGAUGUGAUUGGAUUUUCGGAAGCGGGCAAGGCACAUUUCGCACAGCAAGCCAUAAAUAAUUACAAUGCUGCUCACAACGACGCGAGGACGAUUGACGAGAUGGUGGUACGACAGCGGUGUAUCAGACGACAUCGGGGCGAACAGCCAUCCAUCAAAAUGGACGAAGAGAUCAUGAACGAGCAGUGGUUUAAGGAUAUCUGGAGAGACAAGAUGACCGCGCCGUUCCCACUGCAAGGCGAAGUAGAUCCUGUGUCAGGCAUGAUAAAGAGCCCGGACAAUUUCCACGCCCCGGUGGUUGACUUUACAGGCACAUUCGCAUGGCUUCGAAUAGGCGUUGAACUAGGUAAAGCGGAUAUCGACAUGCAACAAUCUCAACUGAAUAAUUCUUGGCUCUCCAAGGCAAACACUAGCGAGGACUUACAACAUGAGAGUUAUAAGGACGAAACAGGACAAGUGGCGAACUGGAUUAGAAUGAUGGUAAUGUGCAAUAAGAACAGAAGGGAUAUGCAAUAA